AUGAUUUAAAAGCAUCCUCAAGUAAUAACAGUUCUUUUAAUUUCUGAAAACGAAGAAAAAGUCUAGAAUUUCAUGAAACGAAUAAAUUCAAAUAAGCUAGAAAAUCAAGAGAGAACUAUUAAUCUUUAUUAUUAACCAAUUGAUUUAAAUAAUGAUCAUAAAUGCUUACAAUAAUUAUCAAUGUUUGAAUAUGCAAUUCUCUUUUUGAAGGAUUUAGAAUUUCAUUAAUUCACUAUGGACAACUAUAAUUUUAGAAUGCUCAAAUUACUGCAGUUUUAUAAAUAUAAAUAAAUCUUUAUUAUUUAUGAUGAAAAUGAUAGUAAUUCAAGUAUUGCAUAAUUAUAGAAUCUAUACUCUUGGAUUGAUCAAGAAGUUAAUUCGAUCUUCUAUGACGAAAGAUUUAACGAUUAGCAAGAAGAAAACUAGCUAGGGUUUUCAAUCCCUAAAAUUAAAAUCUUAAGUGAACCAACUCAGAAUGAUUUCAUGGAAUUUUUCAACGAUGAAGCAGAUAUUAAAGAUUCUGAUUUAAUCUUAGCAAUCAUUAAUGAAACAGAGGUGAACAAAGGCAUAGCAUAAGUGAUAGAUGGAUUCAUUUUGAAUGGAUAAACUGUGCUUUAUCAAGAAUAAGUUGCAUUAUAAAAAGUAUAAAUUAAAAACUUUGUUGAUUACUUUUCAAAAUAAGAAAAGAAUUUUGCAUAAAAAGGAGAUAUUAUUGAAUUUUAAUUUGAUUUAAAAAAGAAAAUAAAUGGGCUUCUAAUAGGAUUAAGGUAAGAUAAAUAUCUACUCCAACCUAAAGAAAUCAAAGGUGAUUUUAUAUGUCCAUAGAUAGUGGGAUAGGGUGGAAUAUAGAAAAUCUAGAAAUCAGAUUCAAAGGCAUUUUUUUAUGGAAUUGAAUGUUAGAUUGAGAAGAAAAAAAUAUUUGGAUAAUUAGAGAAUGGUACUUAUAAAGAUUUCAAGAAUAUAACAUCAAAACCAUUUGGAAUGUCAUUUAGGAUUAGUAAACAACUUUACUUGACUCCAAACAUACUUUAAAAGAAUAUAAUUUUAUCUAUUCCCAAAAACAAGAAUUUAACAUAACAAUAAAUUUUUUGUGGAAAAAUAAAGACUUAAGAUAUAUUUUAAGUCACAAAAGUGCAGGUUCAAAAGAAAAAAGUAGUUUUAAUUCCUGAAUUGACAAGUAUUCCAUCAGAAAAUAUGAUCAACAAUGGGGUGGACUAUAGAUAAAGAUGUAGAGUGUGCAGAACUGAAAGGGCUAGAUAUGUUCCUACUAAUUGUGGGCAUCUAAGAUAUUGCAACGAUUGUAAAGAUAUAUGUAUGGAAGCAAAACAGUGCUUAUAUUGCGAUAAACCUAGCAAUAACACUCAAAGUUUCAAUAUUCAUCUUACAAAAUAACAACUUUAAAAUCUCAAAUCAAUGACUGAAUAACAAAUUAUUGAAUAUUUUGCAAACCAUCCUGAUAAAGAAAUGCUGCCUUUUAUGAAAGUUUAUAAUGAAAUUAACGAUGAAUAGAACAUUUAUUUCGAAGUAAACUGCGACAACUGCGAUUCAAGAAUUACUCAAUACUCUAUUUGUAUUAAUAAUCAUUAAACACUACUUUGUGAUGAAUGUUAAAUAAAGGAAUGUUAGGCAUGCAAGGAUCAAUUACAAAAUAAAUAAAAAAUUAUCUUUACAUUUCCAGAUGAUCCAACUGCAUGA